ACAUGGUCUUCAAACAUCGUAGCAGCGCCGAAAAGUUCGAGAUCCAGCUUCUCGCUGAAGCCGGUCCAAAUGUGUACUUCACCGAUCUUGUAGGAAGCAAAGACGAUGCGAACCCUAUCACAGGUUCGUGGUUUCGACUUGAGAAAGGUCCGGUGGCCAUACCGCCUCAGUAUGAAUAUGAUGAGGUCGGCAUCAUUAUUGAAGGCACCAUGACGCUAGAGGACGAGACAGGUCAGCAGAAGACAAUGCGUGCUGGCGAUACCUUCGUCGUGCACAGGGGUAGCACGAUCAAGUUCACCACUGAUGAUUAUGGGAUUGCGUGGAAGUGUUCCGCGCGAAUGCCUUCGAAGCUUUGAUGAAGUAGUGAUGGUGGUGGCGCUGAGAUAGAAGAGGUGGGGAAGAACAGCCCGCUUAGCGCG